ACUAAUAACCAAACCAAAUUGGACGCGCAAGCUAACCAGCACCACCGCUCGACAGAUCCAUCAAUCUACAAGCUGCGAAAAAGAAGAUAAAACCUGACCGGAAAGAUGAUGUCCGGUGGCAAUUACACAAGCCUCGAUAAUCAAAAAGUCUCCGGAUCUGUAGCUGCUGUUCCAGAUCCAGGCCACGUUUCCGUCAAAUUUUCAGAUUCAACUCUUCAGACAUUUCCUCCAUCCAGUGCACAAGGAAAAAUCUCUGGCGGUUCUUAUCCGCCUCGUGACGCUGAUGAUACAUUUUCAAAACCUAGUUCUGGUUCUGAUGAACCCCAGCAAGGUGGUUGGUUUCGGACAUUCACAGUUGCUGCAUAUAAACCAUACUUUGAUGUUGACACUUCAGAUGUUAUAGAAAGAAUUAAAGAUUCUCUUUUUCCAUUCAGAGGAACCUUUACAGAGAAAACGACUGCUAACCCAGAUUUGUAUGGACCAUUUUGGAUAUGUACUACCCUAAUUUUUGUAGCAGCUGCAAUCGGUACUUUUGUGACGUAUAUAGCUCACAAAUUGCAGCAUAAGAAAUGGGAAUAUGACAUAAAUCUGGUGACGUGGUCUGCUGGUGUGUUCUAUGGCUAUGUCACCGUUAUUCCUCUUGGAUUGUAUGUAAUCCUCAAGUAUUUCUCAGCACCAUCAGGCCUUGCGCAGUUAUUUUGUCUUUAUGGCUACUCCCUGUUUGUCUUUAUUCCAGCACUGUGUCUCUCGAUUGUGCCUCUGGAAAUUUUCAGAUGGGUAAUCGCAGGUGUGGCAGGGUUUAUGUCAGCAACCUUCGUGGCGCUGAAUCUCCGAACUCAUAUUAAGUCUGCAGGUGAAAGUUGGGUUUUGAUUGUGGCUGGCAUCUUUCUAUUGCAGCUGGCACUGGCUGUGGUUUUGAAGCUUUAUUUGUUUACUGUUACAGUAUGAGUAUAAACUGUCAUUAACAGGUUGUAUAUCAAAAAAUGAAAGCUAUUUUGGUUUAUUGGCUUCAUAUUGUUACAAUAUCACGCUAAUAUACAAUUCAACAGUUAGAACACUCAUGUAUUCAUUCAUUUAUAUGGCAUUGUAGUUCAAGUGAUUAAUUACAAAUAAAAUUGCAAACUUUAGUGUGUA